GCACUGCGCACAUGUUAACUUUCAGGUUAUUUUCGGUGCACCACGGGUAUUCGACUUGGAUCAUUUGAAGUAGCAACACUGUGUGCUGUGCAACGUGCUUUUUAGUUAAUUUUUCAAAAGAAAUAAAUCAAAAAUGUAUCUCAUGUACUAUCUGGAUACCAAGGGAGAGCGCAUCUACACCUUGAAGAAAAAGGAUCCUUAUGGAAAACCUACUGUCUCUGCUCAUCCAGCCCGCUUUUCUCCUGAAGACAAAUACUCAAAAGAGAGAAUAACGCUAAAGAGAAGACAUGGUCUUUUGUUGACACAACAGCCUGCGCCUGCUUAUUAAAGCAUCAGCAUGUGUGAAUUAAAUUUAACGUUUAAAUUAACUUCAAGUACUUUUCUAAGGUGUAGAUAUAAUUUUAAAUGUAUCAAAAAUGUAUUCAUUAAAUAAGGAAAAAUUAUAUUUUACUAUUUAAUAAUGCAACA